GACGCCGGGGGCGGCUGUUCUACUGCUGAUAUGGACAAAUGCAGACUCAGCCGUGGCUCCCGGGAUCCCCAGCUGCUGGGUUUCCCAGUGGUUCAGUUGGAGAGGAUACAGUUCCAUUCUGGGAAAUAUAAGACAAUGUCUGAAGAUUUUAAAAGGAAAGAGCAACAAAUACUGAUUGGGCUUCACCUGAAGAACAAGGAGGAGAGGAGGAGACUCAGUGCUGCUGGAUACAGACUGGUUCCAUAUGGAUCAGGAAUCACAGAGAUGAACAGGGAGAGGAGAGAAGGGCUUGGUGCAAGGAAGCAGACAGGAAGUGACACAAACAGGAAGUUCCCUACAUGCAAUGGCUUUGUUGCCAGAUCUGCCCACAGUAACCAACCUCCGGUGCUUCAGAAACCUCACGCCCAGGAGAUGAAUUCUGCCCCAAAAGCCCAACAGAACCAAAUGCCCCAACUUUGCACAGUAACUGGGGGGAAGCUGAUUGUAACCCCCAAAUUAACAAAACACACACAGCCUGAUGCUGAGGAAAAGCUACAUGGAAGUCAGAAAAAGAUAAACAAUAAUUCAGGCAAAAUCCAAUAUUCUACUGUACAUCAGACAAGGAAGGCAUUAGCCCAAAGCACAAAGCAAACUGUUUUCCCUAAACCAUUUGGGGUUAUAAAUCCGUUUGUCUGUGUUAAGUGCAAGAGAAGGUUCGGCAGCAAUGGGAACCUCCUCAUCCAUCAGCGCAUUCACACAGAGAGACCGUUCUCUUGCACUGAUUGUGGGAAAUGUUUCUCCCAGAGAACCAUCCUCCGAGAGCACCGCCGGGCUCAUAUGGGAAAGGGGCCCUUCCCCCACAGCACUGGGGGCAAUAAAAUCCCAUCAGGUAAGGGCAACUUUCAGAGGCACCAAGGGGCGAGUGCUAAAGGGAAACCACUUACCUGCACUGAGUGUGGGAAAUCAUUCAAAUACAAGUCUGAGUUGCAGAAACAUGAACGCACACACACCGGGGAGAAACCUUAUGUUUGUACCCAAUGUGGUAAAGGCUUUUCCCACAAGGCGAAUCUUAAUACACAUUCAGUUAUUCAUUCUAGAAAGAAACCAUUUACCUGCACUGAGUGUGGGAAAGGAUUUAUAACAAAACAGCCUCUGCUUGAGCACUUCCUGAUUCACACAGGAGAGAAACCAUUUGCCUGUCCAGAAUGUGGGAAAUGUUUCCGACUAAAGGAGUUUCUUACAAGCCACCUUCUGACUCACACUGGAUUAAAGCCAUAUACCUGUACUGAAUGUGGGAAAAGUUUUGCUAACAGGGGAAAUUUUUAUCGACAUUGUCAUCUUCACACUGGGAAUAAGCCCUAUUCCUGUACAGAGUGUGGAAACUGUUUUGCAACAAAGAUUGAACUGCAAAGGCACCGCCUCGUACACACUGGGGAGAAACCAUUUGUCUGUAGAGAGUGUAAUUCAAGCUUUGCAAGGUUAGUAAACCUUAGAUCACACCAACAGCUUCAUACAGGAGAGAAACCAUAUAAAUGCACUGAGUGUGGGAAAUGUUUCCGUAUGAGGAGCCAUCUAGAAUCUCAUAAGAAGACUCACACUGGGAUUAAGGCUUUCGUCUGUGCAGAGUGUGGGAAACAGUUCACUCACAAACACAGCCUCCGCCAUCACCAGCUGAUGCACACUGGAGAGAAACCAUUUGUCUGCAAUGAGUGUGGGAAAAGCUACAGGCAGAAGAGGAGCCUAAAUGCUCAUCUACGAGUUCACACAGGAGAGAAACCCUUUGCCUGUACAGAGUGCAAUAAAACCUUCCAAUCAAUAAGUUGGCUUCAAUCCCACAAACAGACUCACACUGGCCUGAAGCCCUAUCAGUGUAAUGAGUGUGGCAAAUCCUUCUUAAUGAAGGGAAAUCUUAAGGUUCAUCAGCAGCGACAUAUAGGAGAAAAACCUUAUACCUGUGCCGAGUGUGGGAAAAGUUUUACCACAAAGGGAAGCUUACACAAACACAGUGACACUCACACUGGGAUAAAGCCAUACACCUGUACAGAGUGCGGGAAAUGUUUUGGAGGAAAGAAUGAACUGAAAUGCCACCAAUCUAUCCAUACUGGGGAGAAACCAUUUGAGUGUACAGAGUGUGGGAAACAUUUUGCAUCUCGUUCAAAGCUCAAUAACCAUCAAAAGAUUCAUACAGGGGAGAAACCAUUUGAGUGUACAGAGUGUGGGAAACAUUUUGCAUCUCGUUCAAAGCUCAAUAACCAUCAAAAGAUUCAUACAGGGGAGAAACCAUUUGAGUGUACAGAAUGUGGGAAAAGCUUCUGUUAUAGAUGGCACCUUACAGCUCACCAGCGGAUUCACACUGGGAUUAAAGCUUUUGUCUGUACCGAGUGUGGGAAACAGUUCCCGGCCAAGCACAGACUCCAGCAGCACCAGCUGAUUCACACCGGUGAGAAGCCGUUUGUCUGUACUGAGUGUGGGAAAAGCUACAGGCACAAGAGGAACCUAAAUAUUCAUAUGAAUUCUCACACAGGAGAGAAACUUUAAGACAGUUUGUUCCAAAACAUUUUGACCAGAGAAUGAUGCCAGUUUCCACAAAACAUCUCACAAGCUUUGGCCUAACUGAUCACACAAAUUUUUCCUGGACCCCCACUGGUGACCUGAAAUAUGGGUCCCCCAUGAUUCUGCAUGUGUCACUGGCCACCUGUGAUCCUUCUGUGGGUCCCUUUAUAGAGGCGACAGACCCCCCCUCUAUAGUGCUACAAAACUACACAAAAGAUUAAAACUAGGGAUGCACCAAAUCCACUAUUUCUGGAUUCGACGGAAUACCGAACCAAGUCCAAUUUCUAAUUUGCAUAUGUAAAUAAAGAUAUGGAAGGGUUAAAGACCGGAUAUAUUUCAAUUUCUGUGUUUAUGUGACAAGGAUGAGGAAUUGGAAUUGAUUCAGCCAGGAGUGUGCUCAGAUCACACAUUCUGAUGGGAGGGGGAGUGAAUUCUCAUGGGA